AUGAGCGGCGCCUGCGGCGCGGCGGGGGGCUUCGGCCCCUGGGACUACGUGGUCUUCGCGGCCAUGCUGCUCAUCUCGGCGGGCAUCGGCAUCUACUACGCCUUCGCGGGCGGCGGCCAGAAGACCUCGGCGGAGUUCCUGAUGGGCGGGCGCAGCAUGCACGCCGUGCCGGUGGCCCUCUCCCUCACCGCCAGCUUCAUGUCGGCCGUGACGGUGCUGGGCACCCCCGCCGAGGUGUACCGCUUCGGGGCCCGCUUCAGCGUCUUCGCCCUCACCUACCUGCUGGUGGUGGUCCUCAGCGCCGAGAUCUUCCUGCCCGUCUUCUACCGCCUGGGCAUCACCAGCACCUACGAGUACUUAGAACUUCGAUUUAAUAAAUAUCUGCGUCUGUGUGGGACAGCGAUCUUCAUUAUUCAGACGAUAUUAUAUACCGGAAUUGUCAUUUAUGCUCCAGCCUUAGCUUUAAAUCAAGUUACAGGAUUUAACUUGUGGGGUGCAGUGGUUGCAACGGGAGUAGUCUGUACUUUCUACUGCACACUGGGUGGUCUAAAGGCUGUAGUCUGGACUGAUGUUUUCCAAGUUGGAAUCAUGGUAGCUGGGUUUUCAUCUGUGAUUAUACGUGCUGUGGUGGUUCAAGGUGGUAUCGGUCGUAUUCUAAAUGAUUCCUACCAUGGAGAAAGAUUAAAUUUUUGGGAAUUUGAUCCUAAUCCUUUGCAAAGGCACACAUUCUGGACAAUUAUCAUAGGUGGAACUUUCACCUGGCUGGGUGUAUACGGCAUAAACCAGUCUCAAGUUCAGCGAUACAUUGCCUGCAAAAGCAGAUUUCAAGCAAAAAUAUCUCUCUAUAUUAACCUUUUGGGGCUUUGGGCAAUUCUUGCAUGUGCUGUGCUAUGUGGAUUAGCAAUGUACUCCAUUUAUAAGGACUGUGACCCAUGGACAGCAAAAUGUGUGUCAGCACCAGACCAGCUCAUGCCAUAUCUGGUACAAGAUAUUCUGCAUACUUUCCCAGGCAUGCCAGGACUUUUUGUGGCUAGUGCUUACAGCGGAACUUUAAGUACAGUGUCCUCUAGCAUCAAUGCUUUAGCUGCUGUGACUGUAGAGGAUCUCAUUAAACCUUACUUUGCCUCGCUCACUGAAAGGAAAUUGUCUUGGAUUUCUAUGGGGAUGAGUCUGUUUUAUGGUGGAGUAUGCAUUGCUAUGGCUGGUGUGGCAUCCCUUUUAGGUGGUUUGUUACAGGCAGCUCUCAGUAUUUUUGGCAUGGUUGGUGGACCUCUUCUUGGACUGUUUUCUUUGGGUAUCCUCUGUCCGUUUGCUAAUCCUGUGGGUGCAUUUACAGGUCUCCUUGGUGGAUUUACUGCUUCUCUGUGGGUUGGAAUUGGAGCUCAGAUUUAUUCUCCACGUCCUCAAAAUAGCAUGCCAUUAAACCUUAGCACUGAAUACUGCAACAAAACUGGCCUAGGAACUGAAGGCAACUGGACUACUCUUAUGCCAGAUACAGAAAGACCCAUCCUUGCGGAUUAUUGGUAUUCCUUAUCAUAUCUCUACUUCAGCACACUUGGAACCCUGGUCACAGUUGCUGUGGGAAUAGUUGGCAGUCUUUUAACAGGAGGAUUACGGCAAAAUGUGGAUCGGAAAUUCAUGCUAAACAAAGAUGAUUUUCUGUCAAACUUCUCAUUUUUAAAACCUAAAAAAGAUGACAAAGUUGAGGUUUUGAACUGGAAACAAGUUGCUGAUGAAGGAACAGACAAUCCAGCUUUCAAUCACAUUGAAAUGAAUUUCACAGACAAUAAAGAAAAAGUCAACGGUGUUUACACAUGAAAAACCUUUUGAACUCUGUGCUGGUCGGCAGCUACUCAGGCA